AUCAGAUGCCACCCGCUUGUCACCUGAAGCCAUUGAAGAAAUUAGAAAUGCUCAGAAUAAUAUUCCAGAUGCUCAGCAUAUUAUGUGUAAAAAACAUCAUAUAGGGGCAAUGAUAUAUCAAAAAAUCAUUGAUAAUCAGAGGCCUUCUGAACCGACUGAUGAAUGGUGUAGAAUCAUAGAAUCUGUUAGCAUCUCUGAUCAGAUUUCAGAAAAUAACCAGGAAUCUUUACAGCUGGUAAGUGCUGAACAUGAUAGCUCCCCUGCUAAUAUACAAAAAGAUAAGGUUAUUCAUAUAGAGUACUAUCGAGAUAGCGCAAAUUCUCAUAUAAGGCUGAAUACAGUAACUAGCGAACGAAAAGAUAAGAUUAGUCAAAAAAAAAAGAUUAGUAUGGAGGCAAAAGAUGAAUCUUCUCUGGUGAAAAAAAAUAAAAUAGUCAAUUCUUUUAAAAAUGAUACAUCUAGACGAGAAUCUGAUCUUAAUAAAUUAUUAAAUAUUACUGGAAACAUUGUUAC